CUGAACUGUGUGUAUAGUGGAAGGCAAUCUUCUAGGUAAGUUGCUUCCACCCUAUUAGGCUUGUGACUGAAGCAAUGUCUACUUGCGACCCCCUGUCACAAGUUGCAUAGUAUUUUUAUUUUUAUUUUUUUUUAGGACUACAGAAAUAGACUAUGCACAAAUUCAGAAGAAAAAAAGCAACAACUGGAGAAUUUUGUGUGGCAGAAACAUAUUUUUUUCUUUUUCCUUCCCAUCUUGCAAACCCUUUGGAGGUGCAAAUCUCCAGGUUUGGAAGCAGUGCAGAUGCUCCACACUUCACCAUAGAUGGAAAACUUAAAAACAUUUUGAAGGUUACUCAAGGAGCAUGUCUACAGUAUGCUGUCAUCGAAGGUGCUGUGCAACCAGUGGGCGAGCCUCUGACGAGUCAUUUCCAAAAAGAAAUUGUAGGCGUGUUGCAAAAAUUCAUGUUGAGAGAACACAGGCUGGUGUGGAAUGGCCUUUCACGCACUUGGACAGACAGUGAACGAGUCUUGCACCAAAGGGUGAAUGCAGUGCCCUUUGUGUUAAUGGGAUCAGAUGAGAACACAGUCAAAGUCCUGUGCCCUCUGCAGGCCUCCGGAGUGCACAUGGAGAUCACCCACGAGAAGUUCCACCAGGUCAAUUACGGCUUGGGUGACAUCGUAGGACAAUACCUCAGUGGGGAGAAGCUUAAAGGGCAACUAGAGACCGAGGAAAUGCUCAAAGUGGGCACAACUCUUACAGGCAUAGGUGAAUUGAUACUGGACACAGACGGCACCCUGAAUCUUCGACCCCCUUCUAAUGGUUCACAGUACUUUUUGAGCAUUGCGGAUUUUGACACCCUGCGAGGAGAGCAAGAGACCACGGCUGUUUGGUGGAAGGUGCUGGCCACUGCCUCUGCUUUGGUAGGGGCAGGGGUCCUCCUCUGGGUCGGUCGGCGCUACUAUUACCAACUAAAGGUUCGCUGGGAGCGGGAGCAGGAGAGGAGGGAAUUUGAGAGAUUGCAGGCUGAAGCCCCAAGAGUGCGUGCUCCAGUGACUGGCCCAGAGGCCCCUCAAGACAGGGCAGAGGAACACAUAGAGAAUGCCUGUGUGAUUUGCCUCUGUCGGCCACGUGACUGUAUUCUGUUGGACUGUGGGCAUGUGUGCUGCUGCCACAGCUGUUAUCAGGCCCUUCCACACCGUAGAUGCCCCAUAUGUAGACAGAACAUCAGCAGAGUGGUGCCUCUCUACCACGUCUGAGGCACCUGAGUGACCAUAUGACCUCAGUGGAACUUCACCACCAUACAAACUGUACCGGCUUUACUCCUCAAAGGUCUAAUCUGCUGCUUACACCUAAAAAAAUCUUAUUUUCUUUAAAGAACAUACUGUAUGAAUUAAUAAAACGUGAACUAUAACCCACUGCAGAGUUUCAGUGAGGUAUUUUUAUCUGUAAUUGUAUAUGGGCACUACAGGAAAAUUAAGUUAAUUGGGGGGAAAAGGCUGUACAUUUCAACACAUUCAACAGAGAUGUUUAUUUUCCUACAAGUUUGUUCUGUGCCUUAUUUUGGUAAUUGAUAUGUCUGCUGCUGUCCAAGAGUGAUUGUAAUGUAUGUAUCUGAAUAAAAUAAAGGUGAGAUAUGCAAUUCUAA